AGGAUUCUGCAGAUGUGGAAGAGGAGGACAGCUGGUUGUAUGUGUCGCCCAAAAAGCAGGUGGCAGACGCAGGACCAGAGUCUCCGUUGAAAUGGUGUCGGCAAGUCCUUGACCAUCGCAGCCCAGACACUGAAGUGGCGUGUCGGACUCUCAUCAACCGUUUGGACCAAACCACUCGGUGGAGAAGCAUGUACAGCAGCCCUUCAGCAGAGACAGGCUCUGCUGGCUCAGGCCUGCUCUCUCCUGGGUACCACAAAUCAACUAACAAAACUCUACUAACCAGUGGCACUUCAGGCACAAGUGUCCACUCUGCUCUGAGCUCUCAGUCGUCCAUCGACAGUGAGCUCAGCACAUCAGACGACUCCAUCUCGAUGGGCUACAAGCUGCAAGAUCUGACCGAUGUCCAGAUCAUGGCUCGACUUCAAGAAGAGAGUUUAAGGCAAGACUAUGCAUCCAGCUCCGCCUCCGCGUCGCGCCGCAGCUCCACGGCGUCUUUACAGUCACUGCGCAGAUGUGGCAACUACAGCGACCAGGAGUUUGACAGUUACAGUCUGGAAGAUGAAGAUGAUUUCUGCUCUUUACCUCCACGGCAACAUCGUUUUAGCCCUUCCCCGCUCGGUUCCCCUCGGUGCCAGUCGCCCUCAACUUCUAACCACGGCCAAGAAUACGGCGUGCGUCUGGGGGCUUCACGCACACGGGCGCCCAGACGAUCUCUUCAAGGCCCAAGUGCUGAACUCCUCAAAUUUGCCAAAAGCGAGGAAGAGUUGAGGCACAGCAUGCCAAAUCUGGCUCCCCGCACGAGCCUCCGUUCACUGGAGGCCGUCAGAAACAGCCGCAGCAUGGAGGCUAACCUCCAGAGCUCUGGCAACCGCAUGUCCCACCUUUCCAACCCCCCCUCCACAGGUAUGACAAACGGUCGUAUUCGCAGCAAUGGCCAGUCUCCUCUCUCGCUGCGAACCCCCGUUAAAGCUGUAGGUCCCAUAUCGGGCAGCCACUCUCCCAGAGGUUUACCUGUGAUCCAAGGCCCACCUGCUGGAGGCGGGCGCAGAGUCCAGUCCCCGAGCGCUGGAAACGGUGGACCCUACAUUCCCGGAAGAACCUCCAUUGCACCAACCAGAACAGUCAUAAGUCGAGGACCAAAUGCCUCAUCAGGACCCACACGGAGCACAUUCUCACACACACCCAGAAGGUCUAUGGGCAUUACAAAAAUGUCAGAUGAAGCCUGGAAAGACGGCUGCUACUGAGUUUCCGUGAAGGAUAUUUAUGUCUUAAAUGCCCUAAUAAUCUUAUUUGAGCAAAACUGUGUCAAACCACCUCGGUCCCUCAUUUCAGAUUUACACAUUUCCUUUGCAUGAAACAUUGUGAACCCACUCUGAUGUUGUGUAGUAGGUGAGGCACAUUGUCACAGAACAUUUGAGACCUCCCAUAGGACUGGCUGACCUUUUUUAGAAUAAGUCAAUGUGCUGGGACUGUGAAGGUUUUUAUUGUGUGUUGAUGAAGACUGUUUUAAAAUGAAGUUGAUAAUUUGUUUAAUUUCUGUGUGACUUCCUACUUGAAGGUGUUGGUUGUUGCAUGCUUCAGUUU